UCAUUCAUCUUCGUCACCUCUAGUCUCUAUUCUCCUAGCAGCUCAGCCGAAGCAGCGAACGCCGCCGGCCAGCGAGCAGCCGCGAAAACCAGCCGGCAACCGAGCGCCGCCUCUGAUACGUUCUUCACGCCAGAAAGUGCAGGCCGCUCCGGCCAGAAGCAGCGCGAGGACCAGCUCCGACCGGCGAACCUCUUUAUCUCUUCUCCUCCGCUCCAGUGACGACGACAACAACAAACAGCGGGGCCAUCUGCUGUGACCAGCGAGCGUCGAGCAGCCAACUCCGGCGAAGGUAAGGACCGGCGAACCCUAUCGAAGACGACAACAACAACAUCGAGACCCUCACAUCUCCAUUCCUCUCCUCUUUGGCGUAGUUCUAGUAAUCCAGUAUGUCUAGUUCUGGGGAGGAUUUUUCUCAAUUUGGUAUUUCUGUUGAGGAGAAAGACAAGCUUGUAGCUGAGGUGAUUCGGUAUGUAUUAUUCAAGAGUGAACAGAGUUCAAGUUGCCCUGUAAAGAGGGAGGAGCUAACCCAAUUGAUCACCGGCAAAAAUUAUCGUCAAAGAAAUCUCCCUGCUUUUGUUAUAAAUGAGGCAAAAUCCAAACUUUCCUCUAUUUUUGGCUUUGAAAUGAGGGAACUUCAACGCUCUCGCUCUUCCGCUCCUCAAAACCCUCGUUCAUCUCAGCAAGUGGCAGCUGAUGCAAAGUCGUAUAUUCUCAGAAGUCAGCUACCUGCAGAUGCAUACAAGGCAUUUGUGGAAGAUGAAAAUAGAUCACACGUCACCGCUCUUACUUUUGUCGUUACUAGCAUUGUUCGUCUUGCUGGUGGCAAAAUUAAUGAAGAAAAUCUUUGGCAUCAUUUGAGACGACUGGGAUUGUCUGAAACUGAUGAAAGUCAUCCUGUUCAUGGAAAUCUCAAACUAGCAUUGGAAGCAAUUGUUCAACAAAGAUACUUGCACAAAGAGAGAGUUAAUGGUCCAGAAGGUAAUGCAACGUUUUAUGAACUUGCUGAGAGGUCACUAGAUGGGCCAAUUAAUGAUGGAAUGAAAGAGCAUAUAGCAAAGAUUGUGAAUAAAGAUAUCACCUCGGUGGAUGCUGACUAGUUUCUUUACUGCUGUCUGGGAUUCGUCACAAGUGUUUUUGGCCAUAGUUCCUCCUAACUGUAUGAUAUUGGUUUUUGAAGCUGUUAAAUUGGUAUGAUGUUUUAGAUUUUCGUUCUCUGUCUAUUUUUGUGAAAUACAGCCGUUCAUGUAUUUACGCAGCUGAAUUGAUGUUAUUCAAUGAUCCUCUUCUUUUGUCUGGCAUACUAAUCAAUAUAUAUGUUUAUAGAAGCAUUGAUAUA